AGGGGGCCGCUGGGCGGCGGGACCCGCCUUUUGCAACAUAUUAAACACCCAUUCCCACCAGAAGCGCGUCGGCGCACCCGGUGGAAGCCGCUUCUGAAUUCAUUUCAAGCCACGCUUCACGCCAUCUUGGCCGUGAAGCUCGGGCGGUGGGGAAUGCACGUGAUUCGCCUUCCAUCGCCGUCGAGAAUGAUGAAUGAGCCGAUUGGGACAGGUGCCUCGAUUCCCGCGCCAAUACGCCUUCCGCUAAGCGUUAAUCCCUCGUUAAUUAGCGUUACCGACCUUCAUAAAACCGACAGCCACUCGCUUUAUCCAUCUCCGCGACAACUUCUCCGCGUUCGAAGAUCCUCAAUUUCGUCCUCUCCGCGGUUCUCGCCGAGGUCACCAUUCAGUUCCUUGUUUCUUUCCUCUUCUUCCUGACCGACGCGGCUUCUUCACAAUUGCUCUGCGCCUCGUAUUUUGUAAGUUGUUGCUCCCGAUCCAUCCCUUGAUCGCCUUUUUGAGGUUUUCCGAGUGGUGUCCAUUGUGGUCGUCGAGCUUUACCACUGGAAAGAAUUUUGAUUGCUAAUGACGUCAUACAAACCCAAGAACAUCCUGCUUACUGGGGCUGCAGGCUUCAUUGCAUCCCAUGUGGCAAACCGCCUAGUCCGUAACUAUCCAGAGUACAAGAUUGUGGUUCUUGACAAGCUUGAUUACUGCUCCAACUUGAAGAACCUGAACCCAUCGCGUUCAUCUUCUAACUUCAAGUUUGUGAAGGGUGACAUUGGGAGUGUUGACCUUGUCAAUUACCUCCUGAUCACGGAGUCCAUUGAUACCAUCAUGCAUUUUGCAGCCCAGACCCAUGUUGACAAUUCUUUUGGUAACUCCUUCGAGUUCACUAAGAACAACAUCUAUGGCACUCACGUCCUCCUCGAGGCCUGCAAGGUCACUGGCCAGAUCAGGAGGUUUAUCCAUGUUAGCACCGAUGAGGUCUAUGGAGAGACCGAUGAAGAUGCUGUAGUUGGAAACCAUGAGGCAUCGCAAUUGCUGCCAACAAACCCAUACUCAGCCACAAAAGCUGGUGCCGAGAUGCUUGUCAUGGCUUAUGGAAGAUCAUACGGUUUACCUGUGAUUACUACCCGAGGAAACAAUGUGUAUGGGCCAAACCAAUUUCCAGAGAAACUGAUACCUAAGUUUAUCCUUUUGGCCAUGAGGGGGCAGCCACUCCCUAUCCAUGGAGAUGGCUGUAAUGUCAGAAGCUAUCUAUACUGUGAGGAUGUUGCAGAAGCUUUUGAGGUUGUUCUGCACAAAGGGGAGGUUGGGCAUGUUUAUAACAUUGGGACAAAAAAAGAACGGAGAGUGAUUGAUGUGGCAAAGGACAUCUGCAAACUCUUCUCGUUAGACUCUGACAAGGUCAUUAAGUUCGUGGAGAAUAGACCUUUCAAUGAUCAGAGAUACUUUUUGGACGAUCAGAAGCUGAAGAACUUAGGAUGGUCAGAGAGAACCAUCUGGGAAGACGGACUCAAGAAGACUAUGGAGUGGUACAUGAACAAUCCAGACUGGUGGGGAGAUGUUUCAGGAGCAUUAUUGCCUCAUCCACGAAUGCUAAUGAUGCCUGGCAUGUUUGAUGGUUCUGAAGAAACCAAGUCCUUGAUUUUUCAGUCCAUGGACAGUAAUAAGCAGAACAAAAUGUUGGUUCCCACCCCAAGGAGCAGUACGUCCUCUCCUAAGAAACCACAAUUGAAAUUCUUGAUAUAUGGUAAAACUGGAUGGAUUGGGGGUCUUCUGGGGAAGCUAUGCGAGAAACAAGCCAUUCAAUAUGAAUAUGGAAGGGGACGUUUGGAAGAUCGUUCACAACUCAUAUUGGAUAUUCAGAAUGUGAAGCCAACACAUGUUUUUAAUGCCGCUGGUGUGACUGGUAGGCCUAAUGUUGACUGGUGCGAAUCACAUAAGCAGGAAACGAUUCGCACAAAUGUUGUGGGGACUUUGACACUUGCAAAUGUCUGUAGGGAGCAUGAUUUACUAUUAAUGAACUAUGCUACCGGUUGUAUAUUUGAGUACGAUGCUGAACACCCUGAAGGUUCUGGCAUUGGUUUUAGGGAGGAAGACAAACCGAAUUUUACUGGUUCCUUCUAUUCAAAGACUAAAGCAAUGGUUGAAGAGCUUUUGAAAGAAUAUGAGAAUGUAUGCACCCUUCGAGUCAGAAUGCCUAUAUCUUCUGACCUUAGCAACCCUCGCAAUUUCAUCACAAAGAUCAGUCGUUAUAACAAGGUUGUGAACAUUCCAAAUAGCAUGACGAUAUUGGAUGAACUUUUGCCCAUUUCAAUAGAGAUGGCAAAAAGGAACUGCAGGGGCAUAUGGAACUUUACAAAUCCUGGUGUGGUGAGCCACAAUGAAAUCCUAGAGAUGUACAAGAGCUACAUUGACCCUAGCUUCAAGUGGACCAACUUCACUUUGGAAGAACAGGCCAAAGUCAUAGUUGCACCUCGAAGCAAUAAUGAACUGGAUGCGACGAAAUUGAAGAAUGAGUUCCUUGAGUUGCUGUCCAUCAAAGAAUCUCUGAUCAAGUAUGUGUUUGAGCCAAAUAAGGUCAUUUCUAAGUGAAGCUCACCGAGAUCAUUACAUUCAUUUGCUUUAAGCAGUAGAGUCUUGGACUUGCUCAAUUGCUGCUAUUCACUAGAUUCAUUGCAGUAUAAAUAUUAUGAUAAUCUGUGUUAGUGUGGGAAGAGUUUUUUAUCAUCAGAUAAGCUAUGUAAGCUUUGUUUGUGUCAGGAAGAGAUUACUAGAUGUUUUGAAGUUA